CGUUGAUGGUGCUCAAGGUCUUAUAGGUGUUUGCCAUCGAAUAUGCCAUGUUCCCGAACCUUAUUCUCGCAAUCAAAUUGCCGAUGAGCCAAUUUGGCGCGACACCCUGAGACUACCAGUUCCGUGUCUCCGUCAAGGAAUUGCUUUUGUUCUUCGCACCCAGUGAAUGAGGCAAAACCUCGGCAAUUCGUCGACAAGUUUGCAGAACGACAACGCUAAGAAAAUUCGGUGGAAAAGUGUGUUUUCUAAUACCGGUGACGAAUCUGAGAUAUAUAGUAUCUCCCGACUUUGGGUUGCUCUUCUGGAAUCAGAGUCCACCCUUUCUCGGAAUUAUCAUUACACGCUAUGGCACAACCUAACAAAGAUGUGGUUCCAAACACCAUCGUCUUAGAUGGAUCCAGGCUCCUGAAGGCGAAGUUGCUGAUCAAACUUGGCGAUGCUCAACUGAAGACUCGAUUGAGUUACUUGACUGCACAAGCAGAUAAGUGGUUAAAACAAGGACCCUGGUCGGUCACAACUAAAGCUAUAUAUCCACCAAGCGGCGAUAAACACGACUACGCUAGCCAGGCCCCAUACUGGUGGCCCUCUGGCAGUUCUAUCGGCGUUCCUUACAUGCAACGCGAUGGAGAACGAAAUCCCGAAGUAGAUAAUUACACAGAUCAUGCAGGCCGCAGGAACCUCUUUCAAGCCUCCUUGAUUCUCAGCCUUGCGUGGUAUUAUACCGAGAGAGAAGCUUAUGCAAAACAUGCUAGCAAUAUUAUCCGCACCUGGUUCCUGUCAGAGGAGACGCGUAUGAGACCGAAUCUGAACCACGCACAAAUUAUCCCUGGGGUUAAUACAGGACGACACAUUGGGAUCAUUGAUUUUGCACAAGGCUAUACUAGCGUUUUAGAUGCUGCUGCUAUUCUAGGGGUGGGGGCUUCUGAUUGGACCCGAAGUGACAUGGAAGGAUUCCACCAGUGGAACCUAGAAUUCCUAGAUUGGCUGUCGAAUAGCACCUUUGGGAUUAUAGAAAGUGCUGCCGAAAAUAAUCAUGGCACAUUCGCGAUCAUGCAAAAAGCUGGCAUAGCACUUUUUGUCGGCAAGGCUGAAAUAGCAAAGCAGGAGUUACUCUUGAUACAAUCCCGUAUCAAAGACGAUAUAAAUGCCGAUGGCUCACAACCUAAGGAACUUGUACGGACACGCAGCUGGCAUUACUCUGUCUUCAACCUUGUUGCAUACACACGAGCGGCUGCAAUGGGUACGAAAGUCGGAAUCGAUCUCUGGGGCUACAAAGGUCCUGAAGGUCAAAGCAUCCAUGCUGGAAUUGAUUUUAUUGUUCCCGCUGCUACUUGUACGAGUCAAUGGAAAUUCCCAGAGAUGAGCUUUGCAGCAUAUGCUGCGUCUGAUGUUAUUCAUGCUUCAGCUGAUGCUGGAAAUCCGACAACAGAAGAGGCUGUCAGCAAAUUACAAGCGCCACCUGGAACAGACCUAUGGGCACUGCGUCCAGCAGUUGAACAGCUUGAUGAUGUGUCGAUUAGCAAGGUCGAGAGGUUUAAUGGCAAGGUUAUAUAAAAACAACACACAUUGAUACAAGCACCAAAAAUCAUGCCUCUUAAUUUAAUACGCACUAUACUUUUUCAUGCAUAAUUUAUAAAUAUAGCUACAAAUAUAUCUACUACAAGGUGUCAGUGUUGCCCGAGUAGUACUCGCCGUGAGUAGUACUCGGUGAGUCCCCGAGUACUACUGUACUCGGGUGAUAUUUUUGAGUACUUGGGGACUCGCCGAGUACUACUCCGAGUACUCCGAGUGCUGCCAAGCCUUUGGGAAUGAGGGGUAACUAGGCGUAG